AACCCGAUAAAACGAUGAGGAUCUUUUACAAGUUGAAGUGACAAUUUGUAUUACGGUGCCUUGUGUCAAAAUGUCCAUCUUCCGUUUGCUAACAGCUGAAGUUGGUUGAUGUGCUAAUUGGAUAGGCUACUUCUUUAAUUGUCUAGUUGGCUAUAGUCUCCCAAACCAUGACUGGAAUUCUACCGCACGAGAGCCUGUUCUUGAUUAAAGAUAUUAAACCAGGACUGAAAAAUAUAAAUACAAUCUUUAUUGUGUUGGAAAUUGGAAGGGUGUCAAAAACAAAAGAUGGCCACGAGGUUCGCUCCUGUAAGGUGGCGGAUAAAACCGGGUGUGUAUCUAUGUCGGUGUGGGAUGCCGUGGGAGGACUCAUCCAGCCGGGAGAUGUACUGCGACUCACACGCGGGUAUGCGGCGCUGUGGCAAGGUUGCCUGACUGUCUACACGGGUCGGGGUGGAGAUCUGCAGAAAAUCGGAGAGUUUUGCAUGAUCUUCUCAGAGGUGCCAAACUUCAGUGAACCCAAUCGGGAGGUUAUGGCGCAUAUUCACCAACUCAACAGACCCAGUGGAAUCUGUCACAAAUACACCUGUCAAUCAAAACUUCACCUCUGCCCCCGCCCUGACAUACUCGUCCAAUGGAAGCUCGCCGCUGUCCCGGGACCUGUCAUAUGGAGAGUCAGGAGUUACCGGGCAUGGCCAAGGGAGCCCCGGCUCUUCCCCCAAGAGUGCAGUUGGUGUUCGUAAUGCAAGAGACCCUCGCCGGGCACUAAAAAGAAAGAGGUGAAAGUAGUGUCACUAUGCCAAACUGAUAGGCCGAUAUUAUCUUGAUGUUCUUUUGUGCUUUACCGUUUGUGAACACUAGAUGGCGUCCGUGUACAACUCGGAAUUGUUUUUUGUUUUUUUUUCUCGUGUAAAAUAGUUUGAAGGGCUGCGAGUGAAGUGACGAUAAAGUCGGCUAAAGAGGUGUCAUAGCACUUACUAAUUAAACCGCAUCCAAAGGAACAUCUUCACUCAUUUUCACGUUACUGUGUCCCAUCUCUACAUUCUCUGUUCAAUGUAGGACAUCAUUUGUUGACUGCAGCGACACUGAGACCAAGAAAAAAAAUCCUAUAGGACACAAAGUAGGCUAUAUUGUAUCGUAUGACUUUAAAUCUACAAUUGCGUAGCACAACUAAGUAUAAGCAAACCAAAGGACUGUGACUCCCGGUUAAUCUGACAACCUGUUUUUAUAUGAUUCAUGAAUAUUCCCAUGGUAUUAACUCCGCGUUUACUGGACCAUUAUUGCAUGUGAAAGGAGUUACCCAGGGAUGGAGCUUAUUGGAUUCGAAACUAAUAUCACAUCAAAGGCUAUCUGGGGGUACUUUUCCAUAGCGGCAGUGAACUCGCUAAUGAUGUGUGGAGAUUAGGCCUCCUGCCUGGUGGUCUGAGGUUUUACUUUUAACCCCACAUUGAAAUUCUUUUAAUUCUUUGCUAAUUUAUUGUAAAUAAAAAGACAGACGUAAUUAAUCCCGAUGAUUACAAAUGCAAUAAAGGUUCAUACUUUU